UGAGGACUAUGUCGCAACGUGGGUUUGAUCACAGGUGCCUGAUAUCGUGCAUCGGAUGGAAGGGUACUUCGAACCAUGAAGACGGAAUAAAACAAAAAUUAAAAGGCGAGGGACCCCUGCUGCAGCACAAACUCCACCAUCCCGUCUGCUGCUUUUCCUAAUCCCACCCUCCUCGUAACUGGCUGCGAUAGGGUGCUUGGCCGGAAGACGCCUUUAACGUUCUUGACUGCGAAUGGUCCACUUAGACAUCAGUCCAAAGCGAGUCCUUGAUCCCCAAUAUGGCAUGUACGUUUGGCCCUGUGCAGUGGUUCUGGCCCAAUAUGUGUGGUUUCAUAGAAGACUAGUCUGCGGCAAGAGAAUUUUGGAGAUUGGAGCAGGUGUGAGUCUUCCUGGGAUAGUGGCAGCAAAAUGUGGAGCAGAAAUUAUAUUGUCAGAUAAUGCAGAAUCCCCUCAGUGUUUGGACAACUGUCGAAGAAGCUGCCAGAUGAAUAACCUCUCAGGAGUAUAUGUCAUAGGACUCACCUGGGGUCAUGUAUCACCCAGUCUAUUGGCCUUACCUCCAGUGGACAUUAUUUUGGCAUCCGACGUUUUUUUCGAACCAGAAGACUUUGAAGAUGUUAUAAGUACAGUGCACUACCUAAUGGCAAAGAAUCCGCAUGCUCAGUUCUGGACUACACAUCAAAUCAGAAGUGCUGACUGGAGUAUUGAAGGACUGCUUCACAAAUGGGAAAUGGAAAGCAUCUCUGUGCCCUUGCAAUCCUUUGAGGCCAACAAGGAACAACUGGCAGGCUCUACUCUUCCGGGGAGACAUACUAUUGAAAUGUUGAUCCUCACAACAAAUAAAGCAACCAAGUCAGAUCCUGUUACUGUUUAAAAGAGAGGUUUGCUUUGAUUUGUUUUAAAAUAAAAGUUAUUUACCUCUAACA